UUAAAUUCUGUAAAAUGCUGUGUACUGUUUUCCGCAUUGUAACAUUAGCUUUGCUUAUCAUUGGUUCACUGAUUCGUGACCACACCAAGUGUGCAGGAGUGCAGUUUGUUUGCCCAAGGCUGAAAUUACUGUCAUGGGAAGCAGUCCUUUCCAGUGAUUGGAAAAGAAUCCUCAAAUGUCAUCCAGAUGCUGUAGAAGCUAUAACUGUAUUAAAAGCUGUAUUUAUUGUGCACAUGCACCACAGUCUCUUGUUGGUUAGCAGCAAACACUUUAACAGCAGGAGAACUGAAACAAAGAUGUUAACAGGAUGCAUGCUAAAACUGGUAUCUGUACUUGUAUCUAUCUCCUGUUGCUCUUUUUUGCCUUUUUAAGAUGGAUCUGUUUUCUGUAAUCAUCUAAAGUUACAAUGAAUUUUUCAUUGCAAAAGUUGCAAUGAAGCAAGUCCUUCUUGCUUCAUUAAUUGCACCUUAUUUAUAUUUAUUCUAUUUACAUCUGUGUUUUGAUAACUUACUCUAUUUAAAGUUCUCUGUUCUGAAUCAUAAUUUUUAGCUAUUCAGUUUUAGUGAAAAGGUUAAAUAAAUGUGAUAACAUUUAAUCCCUGGCAACAAAGCAGUACAUUAAGGGUAGCUCUUCUGGGUUUUGGAAGUUCCAUAAUACUCCCGAUAAGUAUACAGGAAUUUCUUAAAGUGGAUUACUUGAGCUUUGUGCAAACAUUUUCUGCAAAAUGGGUUAGAUCAUUUGGUUGGACUUCCAUGUCAAAAUAACUUUUAGAAGAUCGACAACUUUGUUCUUGUGCUUAUGGUGUUAACAGCAUUCAGAAAUUUUGAAUUUGAGGGGUGUGUUUCUUAAGAAAAUAUAUAUUUGGAACAUUAACUUUUUUCUAUCCAGUUAAGUAAAGGAGUUAAAGGAAAUCUUUAACUCAGAAGACGGUGUCUUGCUUUUAUGUAUUUCAAAAAUAUUUUAACCAAUUAUUCUACAAACUUUUGAUGUUAGAUAGUAACAGUCUGUUACACAUUUUAAUACUUCUAAUUUGCUAGGCUCUCCCAAGGAGAUUAAUUGCCUGGUAGUUUCCUUAUGUCACUGUAUAUUCAGCAUAGAUUAAGUAUAACCAAUUAAAUGCACAUGCGUGGGAAUUCCACCAAACUUCCUCCAAAGUACUAUCAGCAGAAUAGGAGAAGAUCUCGAGAAAUUUGAUGGGAAGCAAAGGACCCCACAGAUGGAACUGGAGAAUUAACAAAAUCCUGUUUCAACUGAAUCUACCCACUUAUUCUGAAAAAUUAGAGGUCACUCACAAUUUGUAGAGAAUGCCUUCUCAACGUGCCACUGUCAGCAAUGUUGAAUGCAAGGUUGUGCCUCAUACCAGGGUUGAUGAUGAAUUUGCUAUUCGGCAAAUAUACAGUUUUGGUCAAAGGUUAGGACAAGGAAGCUAUGGUGUGGUGAUUGAGGCGACGCAUAAUAGGAGUGGCAAAAAAUGGGCAAUCAAGAAGGUGAACCGGGAAAAGGCUGGAAGUUCAGCAGUGAAGCUACUGGAACGAGAAGUCAGCAUUUUAAAGCAAGUGAACCAUGAACAUAUAAUUCAUUUGGAAGAGGUGUUUGAAACACCCAAACGAAUGUACCUGGUGACGGAAGUCUGUGAGGGUGGAGAACUAAGUGCAAUCCUUCAUAAAAAAAAACGCUUAAAUGAAAAUGAGACAAGACAUGUGAUCCGUAGCCUAGCAAGUGCAAUUGCUUACUUACAUAAAAAUGAUAUUGUCCAUCGGGAUUUAAAACUAGAAAAUAUCUUGGUGAAAAACAUUGAAAACAGCAGUGAACUUGACAUGAAGUUAAACAUCAAGGUGACUGAUUUUGGACUUUCCGUGCAAAAAGGUGGUGUUGGCAGUGACAAAAUGUUGCAGGCAACCUGUGGAACACCUAUGUACAUGGCUCCAGAAGUUCUCAGUGCCCAUCAGUAUACCCAACAAUGUGACACAUGGAGCAUAGGAGUCAUUAUGUAUACUUUACUUUCUGGAGUUCCUCCAUUUGUGGCAAGUUCAGAAGAGAAGCUUGCUGAAUUGAUAAACAGGGGGGAGCUUCGCUUUGACAGUUCAGUUUUACAGGAAAUUAGUGACGGUGCAAAGGAUGUACUCUCACGUCUUCUAAAAGUAGAUCCUGCUCAUAGAAUCACAGCCAAUGAACUUCUUGACAACCCAUGGGUCACGGGUGAUACUACAGCCGCACAAAGGCCACCCAAUGUACUCGAAAUGAUGAAACAAUGGAAAGAUGAUCUAGAUGGAGAUGAAGAAGGAGGAUCAAACGCAAAUAGUUCUGUACCAAGCAGUGUUUGCCAAAAUAGCUGGACUAGCCAAGAAGAUGGAGAGAAUCCUACCAGCAGCAAUGAUAUCUCUGGUAGAUCCAGAGAAAUUGAUUCUGGCAUUAAACAGUCCUACACUCCAGCUAAGCAGAGCUUUAAGAAGGAUAUCUUUGCUGCCUUUCCUGGCGAUGGGCCACUUACUUUGAAGAAAACAAACAAGUUCUGCAACGAUCCUCCUGGGAGCAGCAAGGCUUCUCCAAAAUUAAGCAUGAAACGAUCACCAAUGCAAGAUAAACGAGCAUGGUCACCCACACAUCUGAUCCCAUCAGUCAGAUCUGGUUCUAUCUCUGGUAAGCCAGAGCCACGUAGAUCCAUAACCCCAACCAGUAAUGGUUCUGGAUAUAAACAUACAAUUAAAUCUUCUUUCAAAAACAAAAAGAGCACAUAGAAUAAAGAAUUUUAACAUCAAAACUACUAAACUUCAAAAUGAUGGCAAUUGCAAAUACUUCAGGAAGGAACGAUUGAUUACAAAAUACAGGAUGAAUUUGGCGUUUUCUAUUCUGCUGACCGCUAUGAAUGGUGUUGGGCAUAGCAUUUUUUAAAAAUUUGCUUUGUACGUUUCACACGAUUUUAUAAAAUUUCCAAAAAAAAGAUUGAAACCAGGAAACUGUUCACUGUCUAUCUUUCUUCAGAUGUAUGGUGAUUUCUUUGGGUAUAGCCUGUAGCUGGAAAACUCAUAAUUUAUCUUGUCUAAAGAGAUGUCAGUACUGUUAAAAUCAGAAAUAGCUUAUUUAAAAUAUUUGUCUUUGUUCUGCCAAGUAGAGUCACUGUUAUUGGUUAUUUAUUUUGUUGUUACCUUCAGAAAAUCUAAAGGAGCCAAUGUUGCCAGAGGAAUUAGAGAAUAUUUUUCUGUGUAGUUAGUUGACUAGGCAUGAAGAAAUGAUUUUUUCAUCAACUAUCUAGCAUGCCCUACAUUCACUCCAAAUAUUCAACCAUUUUAAAUCUUGGUUAAAUUAAUUGUAGUGUUAUUUAUCAGAAAUGUAAAUUGAGAAUUUGAUCCCAACUUAUUCAAAGAGGGAUAAAAAUGUAACAUAUGUUAGAUAAAGCAGUCUUUUAUUUUCUCAAGUAUUAAUGUAAAGAUAUACUUUUGUGACUAAAUUUAAUGCAAAUGAAUGUAUUUGUUCCUGAGCUGUACAUAGUACAAAUUCUGUUUAAUGAAUAUGAUAUGCAUUGUAGCAUGACAUCAUGCACCACGAAUCCUGAGAUGUGUUAAUUUGUGCAAGUCCAUCCAGCUAACUGGAGAAGGGUAAUGAUGCUUGAUCUUGACUAAUGUUUCGAUGGCAUAUACAGGGCUUUAAAAAGCAAAUGAGAAAAUAGAUAAUACAAAAUAUGUUAUUUUUCUUCUGUAAUGUGAUUCCAGUUAUUUUAUAUGAGCUGGUUUAACUUUUAAUCUUUUCUUUUUGAAGUAUUCAUAUUAGAAACUUCCCCCCAAGGUAAUACUGUACCAGUUAUAAAUUUUACAUUAAGCAUAAGCAUUUCCUUACAUUAUAUUAACACUUAGCUAAUAUUUCAUCACAACCCUGUAAUAAAAGUGUCCAGUUCAGGUGUAUCAUAAAAAUGUUAACAAUAAAAUAAAAUAAAAUUGUCUUUCUAUACCCUAUGUUCUGUGCAAAUGCUUAAGAAUGUUUGUGCUGUCCGUGUCGCUGCUUUGAAUUAGCUCCACUUUUGAAAACCUUUCUGAAAUCAUUUCAUAAUAUUGUGCCGUGACUUGUUGAGAUCUUAUUUGAUGGAAUUGUCAUUGCAAUCAAGGCUAAGUACAUUGACCCAAAUAAAAAUGUUUUAUACUGCAACAAUUGUGACAUCUGCCCAUCAAACUCCAAUUUCUCCAAUAAAGCGGUAGUUAACAUUUGUAGUUGAGAAUGCUAGCUAGGUGAAAGACUGUAAUGCUGAAAGUCACAUAGAGGUUGAAAAUAAUUGACCCUGGGCUUUGGACAUUUAAGGAAAGCAUAAAAAAGAGAUAGAGGAAAUGUUACCCAACAGAUUGGUAAUUGAUUCAUGUAAAAUAGUUAUAUUAACUUAUUUUCUCACCAUUUCUAUUGCUUUUCCUUUAUCUGUUUUACUAGUCACAUCAAAUAGUUACAAAAUGAAUUAUUGAGAACUAAGUAGUGAUAUGUCAUCUAUUGUGAAAUUAAAAUUCUAUUCUUAAACAAUGUUCACUUUCACCUUUGUAUGAGUAAAAGAAAUAUGCAAUAUUACAAGUCUGUAUGGAUAUUCUGAUUUUAAUGAAAAUGAUGAUGUAUUACAUUUUCAAAGUUGACUUGUUUUGUUUCAGCAAUUCAUCAUAUACUAACAUAAUUUAGAUGAAGAUAUCUCUAUAUUUAAUAAAGAAAACAGAAAAUGUUGGAAAUAUUCAGCAGGCCAGUGCUCAUUUGCAGCAAGGAAACAGUAUUGUAAAUAUGCAGUUUUUUUUGGC